AUGCGCCUCUCAAGAUCACAGGCUGCGCGGUUCCUCGCAUGCCUUUUCUUGUCGACGUACUGCGCCCGUUGUGUCCUCGCAUCUACAGAAGCUCCGCCGAAGGGCCGCCAAAUCCGCUUUCUCUUCGCGGCAAGGACAGCAUUUUUGCCGCUCGCGGUGUACAACUUACCUGCUGGUCUUCCAGCGCAGCACCUGAGCCACCAUUCUCAUUGCGGCCGACAGCCUCUUGCCGUACAUUCACCUGGCUGCUCAGCGCGAGCGCCCGCACCUAUUCGGGUCCCACGCAGGGCGGGCUCUCUCCUUCUUUCCAAACUGUCCUUCUUGACCUCCCCAGACCCUGUAACUCUUGGGGACGAGGGCGCUGUGGAGGGGGGUGGCACAUCAAAGGGUUCAUUGCUGGACAGGACGCUGCCGCAACCCUACGUGGAGGCGAACUCGCGUUACGUGCGCCUGUCUCCGAUAAAGACACGGAGGGUUAUACAGGAGCUGCGGGGAAAGACGCUGGCGGGGGCUCUGGCGCAUCUCGCCACCUCCCCCCGCCGGCCGGCCCUUGCCAUUUUCAGAGCCAUCGAGUCGGCCCUGGCCAACGCUGUCAACUUGCACGGGGAGCAGAACCUCAAGCCGCAGCUUGUGUCCGUCACAGCCAAUAACGGGCCCGUCAUGAAGAGGCCUUUCUUUAAAGCGAGAGGCCGAAUGGAUAUCCGGCGCCGCCCCACAACGCAUAUAAAGGUCAUCAUUAAGGCGUUUUGA